AUGAAUUUUUCGAUCAUCGUGCUGGUACUCGCGUUCCUAGCAAUUGGCCUUGCGUUAGGAGUAGGGCUCGGCCUUGGACUUAGAAAGCACAAAUCGGUCUCGUCAUCAGACACCGACUUCUUAGCAGGAGGUGACCUAGACCCUCAAUUUUUCUCCACAAGAGGCGCCUUUAACGGUUCUGGCAUCGCCUUAGCCUCGCAAUCGUUUCAAGGCGAUGAGCAAGGCUCCAUGGUUUUAUAUUAUCAACACUAUACGGGCACGAUCCGGUUCAAGCAGCUCCGCGACGGCAAGUGGGUAGGUGGCACAAUGUCAGAGAUUGUCGCAUACGAUGCAAAAAAUGGAACUCCUAUCUCCGCCGUAGCAUACGCUUUGCAUAAUAUCUCGACUUGGCACAUUUUUUAUAUCAAUGCAGAGAACCAAGUUCGACAAAAGACCAAUAGCAAUGUUACCAACAUUUGGCAAGAUGGUCCGGUCAAUAAGUUGAAUCUUACGACGAUGAACAGCGAUUCAGUGGGUAUGCAAGCCUGCUGGUACGGUAACUUCUACGGCGACACUGACUACAAGGACUUGAAGCCGACUGUCACCUCUGAUGGGUCCAAUGCAACAACAUACAGUACUGAUGUGGGUAUGCAUCUUUGGUAUGCUGUUGAUCCAACAACAUUCCAGCAAUACGGUUGGAGGGAUGGAUUUGAUCAUUGGGAAAAGCAAGACAACUGGACAAGCAUGAAUGGCCAUGCAGGUGUGGGUUGCUACACGUGGGGUCCUGGUACGGUAACGUAUACCAUGAUGGUAAACUCAGAUAACACUCUUGAAAUCUGGUGGAAGGACACGAACACUUCACUCCCCAGUACAAAAGAACAUCCAAUAAACGUAUGGACAAACAGCAGUGUAGCAGUGAACAAUGUUCAUCCGAGGACGAGUCUUGGAUACACCACUUUUCUCUACGCUCAGGAUGCGGAGACUCUUCAAUUGAAAGGAUAUAACAUCAGCUGGCAUGCGGAAAAAACGCAGAUCAUAGCUGAGAAUGAGCUCACAGUCGAAGUCAACAUCCCUAAUCAGGGCCGGCCGAUACAAGGAAGCCAUUUUUCAGUCUCUGCGAUCAACGAUCAGUCGGGUGGGGAAAGCCUCAUCGUUUUCUAUCAAACACAGGGCAAUGACAUCACGGAGUUCACUCGAGAUCUCUUUGGAGGAAUGUGGAGUUAUUUGCCACUUCCAAUGAAUGAUAAAUGA